GGUUGGUGUCCCUUAGAAACCGAGUGCCAGGGUCUGUGUGAGCUGCCUGGAUCCCCCCGAGAGCCGAGCCCACCCCGGGCUCAGCUUCGAGCCCCAAGGACACAAAAGAUGGACUGAAAGUCAAAGCCGGUGACAUCACUGGCAGAGCCACCCUCCACCAGCAGGAGAAAGCGGGCGGCUGCUCGGCGGGGGGAGCCCGGAGCCGGAGCGGAGGAUGUGAGAGGUUCAGCGAGGGGGAGAGAGAGACCUUCCCGGAGCCCACACUCGGUGAGGAUGCGGCCGCCGCCGCUGCUGCUGCUGCUGUUGCUGUGCGGGCGCAGCUCGGCCGGCGCUGGCGGCGGCUCCUGGAACUCCAGCGGCAGCGAGGAGGAGGAGGGGGCGCUGGUGCCGGGAGCCCGGCGGGGAGACGGCGGCCCGGAGCCCGGUCUGGAGGCGGGCAGCGGCCUGGAGGAAACCACCUGCGCCUACAAGGUGCUGCUGAACGGGAGGGGAGCCGAGCGGGUGUGCUUCAGGAGCACGGAGAGCGGCUUCAGCUGCGGCCCGGGCAGCUGCCGCCUCUACCGCUCGGGCCGCUCGCUGGUGGCCAACGUGCUGGCGAACAGCAGCGUGUUCCUGCAGUGGCGGCCGCCCCGCCUGCGGCACCUGCGGGGCUUCAGGCUGAACUGCAGCUGGAGCGGCCUCUACACCCGCUUCCAGUGCGACAGCGUGCAGCUCGGCGUCGCCUGCCGCGACUACCUGCUCAGCAACGUGCACGACAGCGUGGACUACCGCAUCUGCUUGCACACCCUGUACAGCAACGCCAGCCUGCGCGACGAGGACUGUCUGCAGUUCAGGGCCGAGCCGGCUGGCAUGCAGGACAUAGUCAUCGCCAUGACGGCGGUCGGCGGCUCCAUCUGCGUGAUGCUGGUGAUCAUCUGCCUCCUAGUGGCCUACAUCACCGAGAACAUCAUGCACCCCGCCUUGCCCCGGUCCUCUGCCAAGCGGGGCCACGGCGACCACAGGGUGACCACAUAGAAGCGGGAGAGGGGAGCAGAAGUGCACCGAGAGUCCUUGCAGACACGAGAGACUGCCAGAUGCUGGGAUGUGGGGCAACCUGGGGGAACCCGGGCAGGGAGAUGGGCAGUCGGGACCCUUCAUCUCGACUGA